UGCGAGAGAGUUAGAUAGAGAGAGGGGGGAGAGAUAGAGAGAGCGUGCUCUCGUGAACGACGCGAGCGCUUGGAUUGAUUCGAUUCGGAUUAAAAAAAAUACAAAAACUCGAAACGAGUUGGAUUUCUUUAAAAAACAGAGUGCACGAGCACAAGGGGCAGGAACAGCAGCGCCGCGGCGGGAAGAGAAGUUGGAAAAGUCGUCGAUUCUCCCCGGUUUACCGGGAUUUCUCCCGCAGGACGGAGCACGAGCCGCCCGGAGCUUCACCGAGUGAGCGAGAGAUCUCCACGAGCCGAGGUCCCCUGUAACCUGACUUCGCCUGACGCUGCGUUCUCCAAGAGAAUUAAGGAAAUAUGGAGUGACAUGCUGCAGAUUAGUUAGCGGAUUAGCAGCUUUGAGGACAUCCACCUCUGUGUGAGCACACAUUUCCCUGUCCCGUUGCACUGCCUGUCCGGCGUGACGCCAUGGCCGACCCAGGGAUGAUGAGCCUCUUUGGGGAUGAGAACCUAUUCCCCGAUGGGCUCGAUAGUCUGGGGGACUGUGGCUUCCCCCAAGGCCAGGCAAAUCCCAUGAGCCAGCCGAUGACCCAUGAACACCAGGGCUAUGGGCAACUCCCCUCUUCUCUGCACCUCUCAACACCUGCUGUUGCUGGGCAGCCGAAGCUUGGCCACCACUUUGACCAUUUCGGUCAGUAUGAGCAACACAAGAUGCAUUCAAUGGAGCAGCAAGGGACGCGGAUGAUGGGAAACGGCCCAGUUAAUGGCAUGUCAUCCCCGCAUUCGCGGUACCACGCUGCCCCUGUUGCCCACAGCGGAGGACCUGGAACUCCUGGAGGGCAUCAUGUCUACCCAGGUGCACAAGGAGAUGGAAGAGGCCAGUCGUUCCCGGACGGUGGAGGUGCCUGGGGCCCUCAGUCCAUGCAGGUACCCGAACAGGGUCGACCCCCUUUCCAGCAACAACCAGCGCAGCCACCUUCUCAUCAGCAUGGCCCUGCAGGACCACAGGGUCACGGACACCAAAUGGCACCCUAUAUGGGGCAUAGUGAGUACAACAUGCAGGGUCACAACCAGACGCAAACUCCUCCAAGAAUGAACCACUUCCCCCAAGGCAUGCCUCAGGAGGCAAACCGUUUCAUGGGUCAUGUGGGAGUUCCGCAGAAUCCCAACAUGGCAGGACCUGCCAUGCGCCACCCCACACAGGCACCCCAGCAGCAUCAGCAGCCGGGUCAGCAGUUCCUCCACAGAGCGGCCCAAGGCAAUGUGCAUCCAGACUCCGUGGCCGGCCACGGCUCGCCGUUUCCUCAGAGUCCAUCUAGACCACAGCAACAGCCGCAGCAGCAACAGCAGCAGCAGCCAUCUCAGCAAGUCAUGGGUGGCCGGCCCCAUCAGAACAUGGGAUUUAAUAUGAACAACCAGCCAGUCUCCAGCAACACUGUAAACAGCUCAGGGCAGUAUCCUCCCUAUCCUCCAUACGGCAACCUUAAUCAGGGAUUAGCCAACACUUCAGGGAUGAGUCCCAACAUGAGCCUUACCACCAGCAGCAACAGCAACCCUAGUGGUCCUGUGGCCCAGGUGCAGCGCUACCCGGGCCCUGGGGGGCCUCAGCGGUACCCCGCACCUGGGGCCCAGCAGGGACCAAUGCACCAGCAACCACUUCACGUGAACCAAAUGACUGCCCAGCCUAUGCAUCCAGCACAGAACCAACCCUCGACCCAGCCGAAAAUGCAGCAGCAGCACCUCGCCCCUCCGCCUCAGGGAUCUUACGGUUCUCCCCCUUCCAUGUCGCCCAUGAGGAACAUGGCCACUCCUGCAGGCACUCCUCCACCCCAACAGGGACGCCCUCCCAGUGCAGGUCUGGGGCCAGAAAUGGGUGGAUUCCCUGGCGUUUCACACCAACCCCAGGGUGCGAUGGGCCACCCACAGAGGGGACCUACCCAGCAGCAUUCACACCCCCAGCAACUCCCUCAUCCUCAGCAGCACCCGCACCCUCCUCCUACACAAAUGUAUGCGGCCUUGUCACCCAACCACAGGGGCGCGGGUGCUCAAGGUAGACCAACCAACCACGCAGAUGCGCAGGCCCCGCUCUCGCAGCAAGCGCCGCGAGCCGGGCAGCAGCUGCAGACGUCUGCGAUGCCUUUCCAGCAGCUUCAGCAGGUGCGAACCUCUCCGAAUCUACCCACCCCACCAGCGCACCUUGCAGCGCACCACCAGGGCUCCCCGCCACCUCAGCAUGGCAGCUGGGUCCCUACGCACCAGUCACCUCCGCCUAACCACCAAGUGCCUCACAUACAGCAUUCCCCAUCAGACCCCUCUUCAGAGUUGACCGAAUCCAGCAAGACACCUGCCUCAGGCCAGAACCCUCAGCCAGGCAGCUGUGACGCACAACAGAUGGAGAGCGAGCAGAAGCCAAAAAAGAAGAAGAAGAAAGCUAAGGUGAGCGAGGACCCAGAAGGGAAACACAAGGUCAAUAAACUGGAUGGAGGAGGAGGCUUGGGGGAAGAUGGAGAAACUGGACUGUGCCCCACUGACAAGUCUCCUGUAGAGAAGAAGAGCAAAAAGAGACCAAAGGAGAAGGAGGCCAAGGAACCGAAGGAGCCCAAGACUCCAAAAACACCGAAAACUCCCAAAACACCCAAAGAACCUAAAGAACCCAAGGAACCUAAGGAGCCUAAAGAGAAGAAGGCCAAGGCUGCCACUCCUAAGCCGAAGAGCGCCAAGAAACCUAGUGUUAAGAAGACCGACACGGAGAGCUCUACUAAGAAAGAUGGCAAGCGCAAGAGAGAGUCCUCGGUCACCUCCGACACAGAGAAAACUCCUCCCCCAUCACCGGAGGAAGAGGAUGAUGAUGGUAUCCAGAAGAGACGCUCUAGCCGGCAGGUAAAGAGAAAGCGUUACACUGAAGACCUGGAGUUCAGGAUCUCUGACGAAGACGACGAUGGGGAUGAUUCUCCUGGACCCAAAUCACCCUCGACUACUUCAGAACAGACGGAGGUGCCUGAUGCUGAAGGCCCAGUUGUGGAGAAGAUUAUGGGCUUGCGUAUGGUCAAGAAACAACUGGAGUCUGGAGACGAAGUGGAGGUUGAGGAAUUUUACGUCAAAUUUAAGAGUUUCUCCUACCUGCACUGCCGCUGGGCGGACCUUGAAGAGCUAGAGAAGGACAAGAGGAUCCACCAGAAGAUCAAAAGGUUCAAAGCCAAACAGGCACUCAACAACUUCCUUAGUGAGAUGGAUGAUGAACCUUUUAAUCCAGACUAUGUGGAAGUGGACAGGGUUCUGGAUGUGUCUGAGAGCACUGAUGAAAAUGGAGAGACGGUCACUCUGUACCUGGUGAAGUGGUGUUCUCUGCCCUACGAGGACAGCACGUGGGAGCUGAAGGCCGACAUCGACCAGAGCAAGAUAGAGGACUUUGAGCGAGUGAUGGCGCGAGAGCCGGAGACGAAGCGUGUGGAGCGACCUCCCACCAGCGACUGGCAGAAAUCCGAGAGUUCCAGGGAGUAUAAAAACGGCAACGCACUCAGGGAAUACCAGCUGGAAGGAGUCAACUGGCUGCUCUUCAACUGGUAUAACACACGAAACUGUAUAUUAGCUGAUGAAAUGGGUCUGGGAAAAACCAUCCAGUCCAUCACCUUCCUCUACGAGAUCUACCUGAAGGGCAUUCACGGCCCGUUCCUGGUUAUUGCACCUCUCUCGACCAUACCCAACUGGGAACGGGAGUUCCGGACGUGGACUGAGCUCAAUGUGGUCGUCUACCACGGCAGCCAGGCCAGCCGAAGGACCAUCCAGGCAUAUGAGAUGAACUACAGGGAUGCACAGGGUCGUGUGAUAAAGGGAGCCUACAAAUUCCAUGCCAUCAUCACCACGUUCGAGAUGAUCCUCACAGACUGCCCAGAGCUUCGUAGCGUUCCCUGGCGCUGUGUGAUUAUUGAUGAGGCUCAUCGACUGAAAAACAGAAACUGCAAGCUGCUGGAGGGACUCAAAAUGAUGGACAUGGAGCACAAAGUCCUGCUGACAGGAACACCGCUGCAAAACACUGUGGAGGAACUCUUCAGUCUGCUCAACUUCCUGGAGCCAGAUCGCUUCCCCUCAGAGUCCACCUUUAUGCAGGAGUUUGGAGAUCUCAAAACUGAGGAACAGGUGCAAAAGCUGCAGGGCAUCCUAAAGCCCAUGAUGCUGCGACGACUUAAAGAGGAUGUGGAGAAGAACCUGGCCCCGAAAGAGGAAACCAUCAUUGAGGUUGAGCUCACCAACGUGCAGAAGAAAUACUAUCGUGCCAUUCUGGAGAAAAACUUCGCCUUCCUGUCUAAGAGCGGCGGCGGCAGCAGCGGAGGGGGCGGAGGGUCUAGUGUCCCCAACCUGCUGAAUACCAUGAUGGAGCUGAGAAAGUGCUGUAAUCACCCCUACCUCAUCAACGGUGCUGAGGAGAAGAUAAUGGAGGAGUUCAGGGAGACCCACCCUCCAGAACACCCAGAAUUCCACCUGCAGGCCAUGAUCCAGGCUGCAGGAAAGCUGGUUUUGAUUGACAAGCUCUUGCCCAAGCUGAAAGCUGGCGGCCACCGCGUACUCGUCUUCUCUCAGAUGGUGCGCUGUCUGGACAUCCUGGAGGACUACCUUAUCCAGCGACGGUACCCAUAUGAGCGUAUCGAUGGCAGAGUGAGGGGUAACCUCCGGCAGGCAGCUAUUGACCGCUUCUCUCGGCCUGAUUCAGACCGUUUUGUGUUCCUACUGUGCACCCGCGCCGGAGGCCUGGGCAUUAACCUGACUGCUGCUGAUACGUGCAUCAUCUUCGAUUCUGACUGGAACCCUCAGAACGACCUGCAGGCACAGGCGAGAUGCCACAGGAUCGGACAGAGCAAGGCGGUAAAGAUCUACCGCCUCAUCACCAGGAACUCUUACGAGAGGGAGAUGUUUGACAAGGCCAGUCUAAAGCUGGGACUCGACAAGGCUGUCCUGCAGUCCAUGAGCGGAAGGGAGAAUGCAGCCAAUGGGGUUCAGCAGCUCUCAAAGAAGGAGAUUGAGGACCUCCUGCGCAAAGGAGCGUAUGGAGCCCUAAUGGACGAGGAGGACGAGGGCUCUAAAUUCUGCGAAGAGGACAUUGACCAGAUCUUACAGAGACGCACUCAGACAAUCACCAUUGAGUCUGAGGGAAAAGGCUCUACUUUUGCAAAGGCGAGUUUCGUUUCCUCAGGGAAUAGGACAGAUAUUUCUCUGGAGGACCCAGAUUUCUGGCAGAAAUGGGCAAAGAAAGCAGAGCUGGACUUCGACGCCAUCAACGGCAGGAAUACCCUAGUGAUUGACACUCCUCGUGUCAGGAAGCAGACUCGUCACUACAGCUCGAUGAAGGAGGAUGAGCUGAUGGAGUACUCGGAGCUAGAGAGCGAUUCUGAGGACAAGCCUGUUCAGAAACCACGGAGGCCCCAGGACAAAGCCGUGGGCUACCCCCGAAGCGAGUGCUUCCGAGUGGAGAAGAAUCUAUUGGUCUAUGGCUGGGGCCGCUGGAGGGACAUCCUGGCUCACGGGCGCUUCAAGCGUCCUCUGCGAGAGCAGGACGUGGAGAUUAUCUGCCGAGCACUCCUGGCCUACUGCCUGCUGCAUUACCGGGGGGACGAGAACAUUAAGAGCUUCAUCUGGGACCUCAUCACCCCAACGGAGGACGGGCAGAGCCGCACACUCUCCAACCACUCUGGCCUGUCUGCUCCCGUGCCCCGAGGACGUAAAGGUAAAAAGGGCAAGCUGCCAGUGUCACAGCCCCACAUGCCCCAGGCCGACUGGCUGGCCGACUGCAACCCAGACGUUCUGCUCCAGGAGGACAGUUACAAGAGGCAUCUAAAACAUCACUGUAACAAAGUGUUGCUGCGGGUCCGCAUGCUGUACUAUCUGCGACAGGAAGUCAUUGGAGACCUGGCAGACCGGAUCCUGGAAGGAACUGAUUCAAGAAACGAACUGGAUGUCUGGAUCCCGCAGCCCUUCCACGCUGAUGUCCCCGUCGAUUGGUGGGACCUGGAGGCUGACAAGUCCCUCCUUAUCGGAGUCUUUAAGCACGGCUAUGAGAAGUAUAACUCCAUGCGAGCGGACCCCUCCCUGUGUUUCCUGGAGAGGGUGGGCAUGCCCGAUGCCAAAGCCAUCGCAGCCGAGCAGAGGGGAGCGGACAUGGUGGCAGAUGGUGGCGAGGGUGAGGAGGAAGACCCUGAGUAUAAACCCCUCCGGAUGCCUUUCAAAGACGACCUGGAUGAUUUCACCAAUUCUCCUCUUGACGAUAAAGAAGAGUCCAUGGAUAUUGAUGGUGCAGAAGUCGUCAUCCCAAAGUCUGGUGAAAACGGUAAGCCAGGUAAGCUCUACUGGCCCCCAGCCUCGGCCCUGACCGCUCGCCUGCGCCGCCUCAUCACCGCCUACCAGCGCAGUCACAAGAGGGAGCAGAUGAGGCAAGAGGCUCUCUCCAAACCUGAUGGUCGCAGACGUCGGCGUCACCGCGAAGAGAUCCUGUCUAUGGUGACUGAAGGAGGACCGUACGGUCAGGACGUGGCAGCUGCAACAGCCUACCUGGCUGAAAGCGGGCCUUUCAUGAAGAGCUCACCGUUCCUGCCAGAGAGCGCCGCCCUGCUGGCUGAUGGUGCAGCCUACUUUAAGGAGAGACGGCAGAGAUGGACCAGGCGGGAGGAGGCCGAUUUCUAUCGUGUGGUGUCUACGUUUGGAGUGGUGUACGACGUUCACCGCCAGUGCUUCGACUGGUCCCAGUUCCGGGCCUUCGCUCGCCUGGAUAAGAAAUCUGACGAGAGUCUGGAGAAAUACUACUAUGCCUUUGUGGCCAUGUGUAAACGCGUGUGCCGUAUGCAGAUCAAAGGAGACGCAGCAGAUCUAGCGGACCCCACCCUGAUAAUCGAUCCAAUCACAGAAGAGAGAGCAUCACGCACUCUGUAUCGCAUCGAACUUCUCCGGCGAAUCAGAGAGCAGGUCCUGCCCCAUCCACAGCUGGAGGAGCGCCUACGUCUCUGCCAGCCCAGCCAGGACCUCCCAGCGUGGUGGGAACCAGGCCGACACGACCGCGACCUUCUCUGCGGAGCCGCCAAGCACGGAGUCAGUCGCACGGACUAUCACAUCCUCAAUGACCCUGAGCUAGGCUUCCUGGAGGCCCACCGCAAAUUCACCCAGGGCAAGGGAGCCGAAGCUGCACCAGCUUCAAAUCCUCUUACUCCACUGGCUCUGGUUAAAGAGGAGGAGAUGAAGGAGGAGCAGGGAGAUUGCAUAGAGGUAAAACCUGUAAUUGAAACUGGUGAUGACCGGAAAGAGGAAGUUAAGGAGGAGAAGCCUGUGGAGAACACUGAGGUGAAGCCUGAAUGUGAGCUCAAGCAGGAGGAACCCAAAGAAGAGCAAAAGAUAGAGGCUCUAGAAGAGGUGGAAGAUAAAGAAAAGGACGGCGAGAUGAAGACUGAAACUUCUGAAAUGUCUAACGGAGAGAAAGCUACUGAACCUGAGCUUACAGAUGCAGUACCUGAAUCGGCUCCUGUGGAGACACCUCCUGAACAGCUGAACGCCGCCUCUGGAGCUCCAGAGAGUGACAGCAAAGCAAACACUGACAAAACCCUCGAAGAAGAGGAAGAGGAGAAGAUGGACGAGGAUGACAAAUCUGAGAAGUCAUCUCAGGCUGAAGCUGGAGGGUCCUCUGAGAGGAAGAACUUUGAUGAGGAGAGUAACGCCUCCUUGAGCACAGCACGGGACGAAACGCGCGACUACUUUUUGGUGGAUGAUGUCGAACCGUCUCCUUCUCAAGUGUUUGGAGACCGAACCAUGUUUUCCUUCUGGCCUAAGGACAGGGUAAUGAUCAAUCGUAUGGACAACAUCUGUGAGGCGGUCAUGAAGGGCAAGUGGCCGUCCAACAGGAGGCAGUUCUUUGACUUCCCAGGCCUGUUGCCUGGAUACGGUGCUAUGACGACGGACAGCCCCCUGCCGAGGAGGGGUCUGGGUGAUCUCUCCAUGAUGAGCCAGACCAGCUAUAGUGGCAGCGAGGACCUCACCAUGUCACCACAGGUCAACAAGGAUGAGGCUCUGAGUCUGUCUGUCCCACGGCAGCGGAGACGCCGGAGGAGAAAAAUAGAGAUUGAGGCAGAGCGGGCCGCCAAGCGCCGUAACUUGAUGGAGAUGGUCGCUCAGCUGAGGGAAUCGCAUGCUGCUGAAGGUCAGGCUCAGGCCAUGGACCUGACCAAGACCCUGCACGGCCUGGCGCCCGCAGCCUCGUCCUCCUCCUCAGUUUUCCCUGGAGCUGGAGCCAUGGCUUCCUCGGCAGCCCUCAAGGCACAGAUGGAGCUGCUGCAGGCGGGCGGAGCGUCCAGGGCCAACGGCUCCCUGCUGGAGGUGGAGCUGCCCACCCGUAGGAGGAGGGGCCGGAGGAAAAACGUGGAGGGCUUGGAGCUGCUCUUCAUGGGCAACAAGAGAGGACAGCUUAGUGUGGAGGAUUCAGAUGGGACCAAAGCUUUUGCAGACGGGGCACACGUGCCAGACCGAGCACAGAGACACAUUCCAGCUCCUGCACCCCAGGCCUCCAGCGCCGCCCUGGAGGAGAGCAGCCUGCAGGGAGAAGAUGGGACGAGCACUAAGGACCUACGGGAGUGGCUGAGGCAGCACCCCACUUACACUAUGGACAUGCCUGGAUAUAUACCAAAGAAUGAGGAGCUGCUCCUCUCACAGUUGGGCAAACCAAAGCAGAAGAGGCACCGCUGUCGUAACCCCAACAAGAUAGACAUAAACACCCUGACCGGAGAGGAGAGGGUCCCUGUGGUCAAUAAGAGAAACGGGAGAAAGAUGGGUGGUGCUAUGGCUCCUCCUAUGAAGGAUUUGCCACGUUGGCUGGUUGAAAAUCCAGAAUUUGCCAUCUCUCCUGAUUGGACAGAUAUUGUCAAACAAUCGGGUUUCCUCCCGGAGUCCAUGUUCGACCGUCUCCUGACAGGACCGGUAGUCAGAGAAGAGGGCGUACGGCGCCGGGGCAGACGACCCAAAUCAGAGAUCGCUAAAGCGGCGGCGGCAGCUCAGGCAGCUGCAGCGGCAGCCUCCACGUCCGGCGUGAACCCCUUACUGAUGAACGGUCUGUUUGGAGGCAUGGACCUGACCAGCCUCCAGAGUUUACAGAGCCUGCAGAGCCUCCAGCUGGCCGCCGGCCUCAUGGGUUUCCCUCCGGCUCUGGCCGGUGGGGCAGCGGACAGUAAGCACGCUGCGGCCAUGCUGCCCUUAAUGCUGCCUGGCAUGGGCGGCCUGCCCAACAUGUUCAGCCUCGGGGGUCUGUUCGGUGGCAAUCUAGCGGCUGCCACUGCAACAACUGCAAACGCAGCAGCAGUAGCGGCGGCAGCAGCAGCAGCGGCAGCAGCUCCUGAGCAGGCAGAAUCUGAGGAGAAAGCCCAGACUAAGAAAAAUGAGGAAAGCAAUGAUGCUGUGGAGGACCGUGAUGACCAGACGACUAAAGAGGAAGACGAGAAGGAAGUCUCAAAGGAUAAGGUAGAUAAACCUGCCGAGGCGGAGUCAGCUGAAACCAAUGGUGAUGCUACUUUAGGUGCUGCAGCGGCUGCUGCCGCUGCGGCUGCUGCUGCUGCCGCCGGUAUGUCCACCAAUGCUCUGGCCUUUAACCCCUUCCUGCUGUCCACCAUGGCUCCAGGCCUGUUCUACCCAUCCAUGUUUCUGCCCACUGGACUCGCGGGCUUGGGCAUACCGGGCUUUUCUCCAGCUGCUCUCGCUGACCUCCAGAACGCCAUGUCUGGAUCUUUAGGAGCCGCCACUGAGGAAAGCAAAGAAUCCAAGAAAGAGGCCCAGAAUCCAGGACGGGACCAGAACGCCUUAAUGACCAGCGCCGGCCAAGUUGAACACGUUCUUGACGACAGCGACUCUGAGGAGAGCCAGAACAAGACGGCUGACUCGUCCGUGAUGGAUGAGGACCUGGCGGGACCUGCUGAGGAACUGGACUCUUUGGAAGGUGGAGAUGAGGAUGACGACGAUGAUCUGGAUGAACCUGGAGAGGAAGAUGAGGAUAAAAGUGACUGACUGGUUUAAGAGGAACCAACCAACAACUCAAUCGACUGACCAACUGACUGACUAAAUUGCAAAUUAAGUAAAACUCUUCCUGCUCCUUUUUCACACGAGGGCUUGUGAAAAUGCCGUUUUUUAAAACUCUACGACAGUGUGGUUUAGUCCAGUUGUUUACAAUGCCAACUUAAAAUCCAUGAAUCCCAAAACCAUGAAAUUUCAAAUUUAAAAUUUGGUUUUGUUUCGUUGACCGUAACCAAGGGGAACACGACAAGGGGAACACAACGAACAACGCUGUCUCUGCGAACGCUAGUGUAGGCAGGCAGGGAACACGGGCAGUAGUAGAGUUGUGGAUGUCUAAAGGGUUUUUUUUUUUUUUCCGUUUUGUUUUUUCAACUUUUAUUUUAUGAUGUCUUUGAGCACUGGGUGGUGCUUUUUUUUCUAGAAGAGGUGGAAACAUCCCGAAAUCUUAUAGGAAUUACUUGUUCCAAUAGUGCUGUGCUGCUUCUUCUGUUGAGGUUUUUUGUUUAUUAUUAUUAUUUUUUCUCUCUACUGUUGAUGAUAACGUAACUAUGAGUAGCAUCUCGUAACAUUCAGUGGAGUACAACUAUAACGGCAUUAAGUGACUCUCUCUGCUGCUGAGAAAGCAAACAAAAACAAAAGGAAGUGUUGUAGUUUUCGUUGUACUGUUCUGCUGAGAGGAGAGGGAUGAAGUUCUCACAUAUCAUAGCCUACACUCUGACUGUUCAAAAGUCUCUCACACUGACAAUCUAUACGGGUGAGGGGACAUCUCGGCCUGUGGAGACAGCAAUAACGAAGGCAGCUUUUGAAUGUUCGAUUUUACUCUUUGACUUAGACACCGGGAAGUGUGGAGAAUAAGAAAAAAAAAAGUCGGUGACAUGACAUGAAUUACUGCAGUCGAAUUGUCUCAUUUAUAUCCACGUUAAUGCACUGGUGUAAGAAUUAAAUCAGGUACCUUUAUCUAUUUGAAUGGACUUUUUGUUACUUUAGCCACAAAGCUGAACAGCAUUACCUCAAUUCUAACUAGCCUUGAAGUUUACAGACAUAAUAAACGUUGUAAAUGUUUUUUUUCCUCCUUUUUUGUCUUUUUUUUUUUCUUGUUUUGUUUUUUUUUUUUUUUUUUUUUGUUUGAACCAUCAUGUAUGAUGAACUGUAAAUUGCUGCCAACUGUAGUAAUGAUGCUUUUAAUAAAAGUGACUCAUGAUAUUCGCCUAGGAAACCAAAACUGUGUUUGUUUUAAUGUGCGAUAUUCUGAAGUUGUUACCAUUAAAGUUUCAUUUCAAUGA